GUUUCUUCCUUCACGGGGCCGGUCCCCCGCGCCCGGCACGGACACCGGGCCGUGGCCAUCCGGGAGCUGAUGAUCAUCUUCGGUGGAGGCAACGAGGGCAUCGCGGACGAGCUGCACGUCUACAACACGGUUUCCUAGAAUCCGUGCUGUCGGAUUUUUCACUUGUAAAACGGAGAUGAUGGUUUCCAGCAGGGUUUUCGUAAGAGCUACAUGAUGUAGAUCAGGGAUUUCCAGCAGCAGCAUUGUGGACAUUUGAAUGAGAGAAUUCUUUGUGGACGGGGACUGCACUGUACUUAAUUUUACAAAUCAGUGGUUCCUACCAGCUGUUAGAGGAGACAUCCCUCCAGGCUGUGCUGCCCAUGGAUUUGUCUGUGAUGGUACCAGAAUAUUAGUAUUUGGGGGAAUGGUUGAAUAUGGAAGAUACAGCAAUGAGUUAUAUGAGUUACAAGCAAGUCGUUGGUUAUGGAAAAAAGUGAAACCCCAUGCCCCUUCUUCUGGUUUACCUCCUUGUCCUCGGCUUGGACAUAGCUUUUCUUUGUAUGGUAACAAAUGCUAUUUGUUUGGUGGCCUGGCAAAUGAAAGUGAAGAUUCAAAUAAUAAUGUUCCCAGAUAUUUAAAUGAUUUCUAUGAAUUGGAGCUACAGCAUGGUUCUGGUGUUGUGGGUUGGAGCAUUCCAGUGACUAAAGGGAUUGUGCCUUCGCCAAGAGAAUCUCACACAGCUGUUAUAUAUUGCAAAAAAGAUUCUGGAAGUCCUAAAAUGUAUGUUUUUGGUGGAAUGUGUGGUGCUCGCCUGGAUGACCUAUGGCAACUCGACUUAGAAACUAUGUCAUGGUCAAAACCAGAAACUAAAGGGACAGUGCCACUUCCACGAAGCCUUCACACAGCCAGUGUUAUAGGAAACAAGAUGUACAUUUUUGGAGGAUGGGUUCCACAUAAGGGGGAAAAUAUUGAGGCUUCAUCUCAUGAUUGUGAAUGGAAAUGUACCAGUUCAUUUUCUUACCUAAAUCUGGAUACAGCAGAGUGGACCACCCUAGUAUCAGAUUCUCAGGAAGAUAAAAAAAAUUCAAGACCAAGACCAAGAGCUGGGCACUGUGCUGUUGCAAUUGGCACACGAUUGUAUUUUUGGAGUGGAAGAGAUGGCUAUAGAAAAGCACUGAAUAGUCAAGUUUGCUGCAAGGAUCUUUGGUAUCUUGAUACUGGUAGAUGCAUCAGAUGUUCUAUCAAAUUUCAUCAUCUUGAAGAGAUUACUUCUGCUUCAAUCUGGGUGAUUGCUCUCCACAGAUUGAGCACAGCUAUCAUCUUGGAGUCUCCCUUCAGCAUCCUCCUGGGGAUAUAUUUUGCCUCUCACUUGUACCGGAUUUCCUGUUUCCUGGAUCCUGUGUUUUUCCCUAUCUUAGUUUAUGUCCUCAUUUUUGUGGAACACAUCCCAGGAAAAGGGUGCAUAGAGAAACCACCAGCGCCAUCACAAGUACAACUGAUCAAAGCCACUACCAACUCUUUUCAUGUCAAAUGGGAUGAAGUGCCUACAGUUGAGGGCUAUCUUUUGCAGUUGAAUACCGACUUGCCAUACCAAGCUGCAUCGUCAGAUUCUUCAGCAGCAACAAAUAUGCAAGGAGUCAGGAUGGAACCUCACAAACAGGACAGUAAUAGCAUCAUUCCUAACAGUAUCAAUGAUAUAAUGAACAGUGCAAAAACUGAACAUACAGCUAUGAAAGUAACUUCAGUGAAAAACAAACCAGAUCUCAAAUCAUCAACUGAUUCUAAUGCUGUUUUACAUUCACCUUUGGCAACUAAUGCUUCUAAUCAUAAUAGCUGUAUGGUGGAUAUGCUAAGGAAAAAUGAAGGUCCUCACACUUCAGCAAAUAUAGGUGUUCUAAGUAGUUGCCUGGACUUAAGAACAGUAAUUCCUGAAACUUCUGUAUCCAGUACUGUUUGCAGCGCACAAACUAUGGUAACCCAGCAGACCAUUAAAACUGAAUCAUCCAGUACAAAUGGGGCAGUUGUUAAAGAUGAAACUUCACUAACAACAUUCAGUACCAAAUCUGAAGUUGACGAAACCUGUGCACUGCCUGCAACUAAGAUCAGCCGUGUGGAGACACAUGCUGCAGCAAUGCCGUUUUCUAAAGAGACUUCUUCAAAUCCAGUGACCACAACGAAAGCAGGAGAACGACAGUGGUGUGAUGUAGGAAUUUUUAAAAAUAACACAGCGUUGGUGAGCCAGUUUUAUUUGCUGCCAAAAGGGAAGCAAAGCAUUUCAAAGAUAGGAAAUGCAGACGUACCUGACUACAGUUUACUUAAGAAACAAGAUCUUGUUCCAGGCACAGGAUACAGAUUCAGGGUUGCUGCUAUCAAUGGUUGUGGAAUAGGCCCUUUCAGCAAAAUCAGUGAAUUUAAAACUUGUAUUCCUGGUUUUCCUGGAGCUCCUUCUGCAGUCAGAAUUUCAAAGAAUGUUGAGGGUAUCCAUCUUUCCUGGGAACCUCCAACUUCACCUUCUGGAAAUAUUUUGGAAUAUUCAGCCUACUUGGCAAUCCGCACAGCACAAAUACAAGAUAAUCCAAGUCAACUUGUUUUUAUGAGGAUUUAUUGUGGUCUUAAGACAUCAUGUAUAGUAACCACUGGGCAACUUGCAAAUGCACAUAUUGAUUACACAUCCAGACCUGCCAUUGUGUUCAGGAUAUCCGCAAAGAAUGAAAAGGGAUAUGGACCAGCUACACAAGUUCGGUGGCUUCAAGGUAACAAUAAAAAAACACCUUUAAAUUGAAUUGUUUUUACUAAAGCUAUUGUGAUUAUGAUUAUUUAUUAGUAACUGGUUAUGAAGAUUUGUCAUUUAAAAAGAGUAUUCUUUGUAUUUCUAGCAGUUAUGAAUUUGAAUUUGUAAGCUGUUCUUAAAAUGUAUUUGCUCAAUUCUAGAUCCAAAUAAAAAUAGAAAAGUCGCAAAGACUCUCUGAGAUUUAGUAUAUGGAUUCUUUGUUAUAGUUAUAGCUCUUUUAUAAAGGAAAAUAGUAAAAUUAAGAUAAAAGCUAGAAGACAUUAUUACCCCAAUAUAUUUUAUAAAGGUCAUGUAACUCAGUCAUCCUAGGGUUAUUGAGGAGAUUCUAGUAACUGGCUGUUGUACAGUGUGCUGUCUUAUACCGUAAACAUUCCCUACAUUGUAAAGGCCCUGUCUAUGAGUACGUCCUCUAACUUUAUAUGAUCAGUGAUCCUCUAACAACUGUCUUCUAUUGGUUAAUAUUUGUUUUACUGAUUUUAGCAGCCAUUUGAUUUCUUUGUUUAUAUAUAGUUAGCACAGAACUUAAUGAAAUUAAAAAAGAGGCAAGUUCAGAAACUGCUUUUGAAUUUUUAUUAUUUUUCCAGAAUCAUGGCAAAAUAUAAUGGGUUUUCUUGAUUCAUACCAGGGUGAUAUAUUGGAAUAUAUUUUUGGCCAAAGCACUUAUCUGGCCCUCAAUUUCCUCAUUAAUAGAUGAGGGAGUUUUAAAAUUUUACCUUUAAGGUCCCUUUCAGCACUUAAAUUCUAUAUUUUCAUCAGAAGUGAAGCAUAUCCCUGAAUAUUUUAACAUCUGUUUUCAUGGCCCUAACUUUACUUUUGCUGAAACUAAAACAUUCAAAGUUAAAGUGCAUGUUCCCCUUAUUGCAAAAAGAAAGAAGCACCUUAAAAGGACACAGAUUUUGAAAUAGUGUUUUAAACAUUUGUAAGAUUUUUGUAAAUGCUCUAAAUAUUUUAUUUUUGCAUUGUUUUUACCUCAAAAUUGUAUAAACUUUUUUACAACUGAAAUACAAGCAUUAGGUAGCUUACUCAGGUUCCAUUGCGAUCAUAAAGAUGCAGAGAGGCAUUGUGGAUACUCUGCUCCAGGUAACCUGUUUUAAACCUUUUAGUAAUUUCUUGGUUUCACUGCCUAUUCAAAUCGGGAAUAGAUACAGAGCAAUAAUUGCAGAAAAGAUAUUUCAAACUAAGAACUGCAGUAACUGCAGAGGCACAGGUCUAUCUUUUUUAUACCUUAUAACCUAUGCCAGUUUAGGUUGACUGAGUAGCUAUGUCCUCCAACUUCAUGUAUAAUGCUCCAAGCAAAGAUAGGUUUAAUUGUGCAGAAUUGAUAUGUAUGUAUGUUCCAGUUACUAAUUUAAAGUGUAUAGAAUAUUUUAAUAUAUAAUUUUUGUAAAGAAGUGGGAUUUUUAUACUACAGUAUUUGUAAUUAAUGUGUCUCACUAAUUAAAUUUCUCUUGAAGAAAAUAUGCAAAUUGUUAGAUGCAUACUGAGUGAUUUCCAAACUCUAAAGGUAAAAUAAAUGCACUACUAUGGUGUUAUUAGAAUACCUUUUUUGUGGCUGUAUGAAUCCUUAAUCUUUAAAUGUGUAUUUUACAAACAAUGUUUACAAGGAGCUUCUCUGGUUUGUUAAUCCCAGCACCACCCUUGAUGAGAGCUUCAUUCUGCAUUUGUGUAACUCAUAUGCUUUGCUUUUUGGCAUAUGCUUGCUUUUUGCACUAGUAGAAUUUUAACUUACCUCAUUAUUAUGUUUGUAAUCAUUUGUAUAGCUUCUAUAAUGUGACUGAUAAUAGGCUAAACAAAAACGUAACCAAAGUUAAAAUAAAUGGUAAGCAAUUUUGCACAUAUUAAAUGCUAGGGUUUGUUGUGUAUGUGUGCGCGUUUAGUUAUAAAGAGUAAGAAUGGAAAGUUAUAGUAAGUAUGUGUAUCAGGCCCAAUUAUUUUAAUGACCUUUUUGCUUUAUUAGAAAAAGGUCUGGCUUUAAACCCCUUAUUCUCUAUAUUAAUUAACAGUUUGUAUCUUGAAGCACUUCUCUUAAUAAUAAGGAAUAACCUGAUUUUAAGCAAAGAAUGGAUUAUUUGUUUGAGUAUGCACAUUUAUACCUAUUUUGUAUUUGAUUUAGUUUACUUUGCUUAAAUGCUUCUACUGUCCUAGAUCAGGAGGUGAAUAUGAACUUUUGGUUCUAACAUCUUCCUUAUUUUCUAGAGAGAAAGGCAUUCUUUCUUUCUGAAAGGAUUUGUUAAAAUAGCAAAUGUUUUUACUUUGAGAAUUAGCCCAGAGUUUAUCAUUUUUUUUAGCAUUUGUACAUUAAAUAUUAGUCACAUUUAUCUCUCUGAUAAGUGAUUGGUGACUGAAAGAUGCCAUUGAGAAAUCUCUAUGGCUUUGACAUUAACAGUCAAUAAGAGAUCUUUGAGCUGUGUGUUCAUGACUAGAAUGGAUUGGGGUAAAUAAAAAGAGAAACACAUUUAGCUUAUGAUUGGUACAUUUCUAAGGUGAGAUCCCGUUGAGUAGCAGUGGGCUAUGUAAUGCAGAUAUCAUAAGAGGAUUUACACUUAGUUAAAUUAGUUUCUUUACUCCUCCCAGCUGGGUAAGCAAUUCAGAUGUACAAGUCUUUGUGCCACAGUCCUCUUCCUGGGCUCUGCAACUUUGGUUCAUUUAUGUAGUAAAAAGAUUUUGAUGUUGCAUGCUCUUCGAAUUAUGUUUUCUAAAAUAUUGUAUUGGUUUCAUUUAAGUUUAGUAAACUGUUUUUGGCAAUUUAACUAGAAAUAGGGUAUUAUAAACUCACUUUCCCCUGCAUUUUUAAAAAAAUGGAAAUAAUCUCAUUGCAUGUAUAAGGCCCCCCUGCCCUAUAACCCAAUUACAUAAAUAUAAUGAUCUAUAAGAAGGUGAAACUGUUGAUCAUUAUUUCAAAGACUUGUAGACUAGCAAAAGUUUGUUCUGAUUAGAGAUAUGGUCUACUAUAACUGAAGAUAUUUUUAUUAUUAAAAGUGCAGCACUUGUAGCAUAAAAAUCACUUGUAACAUUGGAUAUGAAGAGAUUAUUAGUAUUUAAAAUUAUUGUAGUCAUCUGAUCAUAAAUGAAGUAAGUUGCAAAAUAGACUUGGUCUUUCACCAUUUAAGGUUUAACUGACAGUUAUGUUUCUCAAGAUUUACUUUAGGCAGUUUUAUGUAUUGUGUACCAAUGAUAUGUAAAAUAAAGCACCUUUUCUACUAUUACCAAGUAUAGGUGUUAUUUAUUUUGAACUAUAUGAAAGAAAAAUUAGUGAUGGCAGAUCACUAAUCUGCCAUCACUAGAAAUGUUGAUUUUAUAUUAGUCGUGUAAAAUAAUAUAGGCAGGUUCAUAGACUGGAUUGUGUCUAAAAAAUUUGUUCUUAAGUUAGUGGAUUGUGUUAGGUAGUCAUUUUCUUACAGAAAUGUAAAGCCUAACCCUAUUAUAGCUGAACUGGUCUGUUUGUAAGUAAAAAGGUAAAUAGCUCCAAAAACAGUCUAAACUGGUCAACUCUUUUUUAGUCUUCUACUUACUCUUUAAAUUUUUUUUUAUUAAAGCAUAGUUGGCAUAUAGUAUUAUAUUAGUUUCAGGUGUACAACAUAGUGAUUCAACAUUUAUAUACCUAUGAUGUGAUCACCACGAUAAGUUUAGUAGCUGUCUGUCACCAUGCAAAGUUAUGAUGAUAUAAUUGACUAUUUUCUGUGCUGUACACUAUUCAUCCCCAUGCAUUUUUAAUUUAUAACUGGAAUUUUGUAUCUCUUAUUCCCGUUCAUCUUUUCACCUAUCUCCAUACCCGCCUCCCCUUUGAAGGUUUGUUUCUGUUUGUUCUGUUUAUUCAUUUAUUUUGAUUUUUAUUUUGGAUUCCAGAUAUAAGUGAAAUCUAUUUAAUCUUUUUGUCCUUAAGCUUUUCACCCAUUUUUAACUCACAGCAGCCAGGCUUCUGUCCUGCUACAACAUGGAAAUGGAUCUUGCAAAGGUCAGGGAUACUUCUCAUUUCCCAGAUCCAGUGAAUUCUUUGAUUAUACUUAGUCCUUUUAACCAUUCUCUUGAAACUUUCACAAGUUUUUUUUAGUUUCUUUGAUACCAUGCUCUACCUUUCUCUAUGUAUUUCUCUUUUUCCACCCCUACUGGUCUCCAUCCAUUUUUUCAAAACUCAGGUCAAAUUUUGCCAAUCUUAUGAAAUGAAGCCUUUCCUGACACUCCAUUUCCAAGUAGAUUCUACUCCUUCUUGUACCCCCACUGUCCUUUGUUAAAUCUUCUGUCACAGCCGCCUCUAGACUGUGUGCCCUAUUUGUUAGAAUUGUUCCUCUCCCUCUGCCAGGUGGUAGAUCUCUGAGGCGGAGACUGGGUCCUUAGGUCUCUCCCAUAUUACCCACUUAGCUGGUACUUAAAUAUUUCAACAAAUUAUUACAGAAAAUUGUCACCUUUAUAUCUCUCAUACUCUCACUCCCCUUUAUCAAGUUGGAGUUAAAAGGGGAGGGAGGCUUUGAAAGGGAAAGAGUUUUUAGCAGAUUUAAUAAGGCUUUGGAGGAAAUGAAGACUCCAGCUUUGUCUUCCCCUGUCCUGCUAUUAUUACUUAGGUUCCUGAGAGAAGUUCUGGGAUAAAUAAGGGAUAUGUCCCAUAUUUACUAGGCUAAAAGGAGUUUAAUGUAAGUGUGCAUAGAUCUCAUGAGGAAGCCUUUGGUCUAAAAGAUUUCAGCAUUUAGUGUGAAAUCAGUGGGCAUUGCUGGAAUAUGAUUUUAAACAUUGGAUGGUCAGGAAAAUGAGCUAAAAAUAUUUUCAAAGUUAAUUUCUCUGUUUCCCUAUAGGAAAGCCAUGGGUAGUUGUCUAACAUUAGAAAAAGCUACCUAUUGUUAAUAUUUAAGCACAGGGAACUGCUGGAGCCACCAGCAUUAGAGCCACACUGGAUUCCGUUACAUUUCCAGUCAGGUCACUUUGUCACCUCUGACCUUAUGGGACAAAGGAUUCUUAUACUACUGGAGAACAAAAUAACAUUGGCACACCUUCCUUCCAAGUUUCCCAGGUGUAGUUGGGAAUUCCCAUACUUAUAUAUUCUUAUGAUCAGGAAAAGACUUUUUUAUCAGGCGUGGAAAAACAUGAACUACAACAUUCUGCGUAGAAACAAUAAUUUCUAUAAACUCAAUGAAGAAAGAAAAGCUAUAAAAUUCAAGGAUAUCAGCCUCCUU